CGCGCACUUUCGCGGGUUUGGGGAAAGUUGGCGCGAGGAGAGCUAGCGGUAACGCAGACUGGUGCGCUCUUGAUCUAUUUUAACUGAAACAUUCAGUCUCGAAGUAAAACCCGUCAUUAAAGAAAACAUGACGGUCAAACUGUCAGAGGGGGCAAUAGAGUCCCUGACUAAAGGAACGGAUGUCAGCAGCCCUGUUCUUCAAGUGGUGAAUAUUCGUAAGAUUGAUGGAGGCAACGGCUUGUCCCGCUUUCGUCUUAUGAUGAGUGAUGGCCUUCACACAAUGUCCUCAUUCAUGCUCUCCACGCAGCUGAAUUCCAUGGCUGAACAGAAUCAGUUGGAUCCUAAUUGUGUCUGUUUGAUAAAACGGCAUGUCACCAAUGUUCUUAAGGACGGACGCCGUGUAGUGGUUAUUCUAGACUUGGAGGUGGUCAAGACAGCUGAGCAAAUGGGAGGAAAAAUGGGAGACCCAACUCCAUAUGUGGAGGGUCAGUCAAAGGCUCCACAAACUGCAGCUCCUGUGGUGCGACACUUAAAGUCUCAGAAUGGAAGUGAUGGUUCAGGACAAAGAGGCCCUGCUCAGAGCUUUGGCAAGAAGCCCAUGGCUGCCCCCAACACUCCUGGUGGAAGUUCGAAAGUAGUGCCCAUUGCAAGCCUCAACCCUUACCAGUCAAAAUGGACUAUUAGAGUCCGCGUCACCAACAAGAGCAGCAUUCGCACAUGGAGUAACUCCAGGGGGGAUGGCAAGCUCUUCUCUAUGGAACUUGUGGAUGAGAGCGGAGAAAUCAGAGUGACGGGAUUUAAUCAGGAAGUGGAGAAAUUCUACUCCCUCAUUGAACAGGGAAAAGUCUAUUAUAUUUCCAAAGGCACCCUGAAGAUUGCCAACAAGCAGUUCUCGACAUUAAAGAAUGACUACGAGAUGACCCUCAACGGCGAAACGAGCAUCAUCCCUUGCGAGGACAGCGCAGAUGUCCCCAUGUUGCAGUGUGACUUUGUCUCCAUCGCUGAUCUGGAGUCCAGAGGGAAAGACAGCAUCGUAGAUGUGAUCGGAGUGUGUAAAUCUGUGGAGGAUGUGAUGCGCAUCACUACCAAGAACAGUCGUGAGGUUUCCAAGAGGAACAUCCAGCUGAUAGACAUGUCUGGCAGAGUCAUCCAGCUCACCAUGUGGGGUAAUGAUGCAGAGACAUUUGAUGGCACCGGGCAGCCCAUCCUGGCUGUUAAGGGGGCAAGAUUGUCUGACUUCGGUGGGCGUUCCCUCUCCACUCAUUUCAGCAGCACAGUUAUGAUCAACCCUGAGUUACCUGAGGCAUACAAACUGCGAGGCUGGUAUGAUAAGGAAGGACAUGCUAUCGAUGGUCAGUCUAUGACUGAGAUGAGAGGACCAGGGGGUGGUGGAAACACAAACUGGAAGACCCUGAUGGAAGUCAAGAAUGAACACUUGGGCCACGGAGACAAGGCUGAUUAUUUCUCCUGCGUGGGCACCAUAGUCUACAUUCGUAAAGAUAACUGCUUGUAUCAGGCCUGCCCCAGUAAAGAUUGCAACAAGAAGGUGGUGGACCAGCAGAAUGGAAUGUACCGCUGUGAGAAAUGUGACAAAGAAUUCCCUGACUUCAAAUAUCGCCUCAUGCUCUCGGCCAACAUUGCUGAUUUUGGAGACAACCAAUGGGUGAUGUGCUUUCAAGACUGCGCCGAAACCGUUCUAGGCCAAAACGCAGCUUAUCUCGGCCAACUCAAGGACUCUAAUGAGGCAGCGUUUGAUGAGGUCUUCCAGCAUGCAAACUUUAAUACCUUUCUCUUCCGGAACAGAGUCAAGCUGGAGACCUACAAUGAUGAAUCUCGCAUUAAAGUAACGGUGAUGGAGGCAAAGCCAGUGGACCACAGAGAAUACAGCAAGAGGUUGAUCAUCAACAUAAGGAAGGCAGCCGCACAGUAGAAUAAACUGCCGCAGUCACGAGGAACAAAACUUGUACCAGUGUGGCACUUUGUUUGUUUCAGUAUCAUGUACAUACUUAUUGUACUGCCUCUUUAAAUUUAGUUUUUUGUUUUUCUUACGGUCUGUGGAUUCCCCCCAUUUGUAUUUGCCCAUUUAUAUCUAGUUUUAUGAUUUCAAAAAAUACUGCAGAAUUAAUAUAGCUCAUGCUGCUUCCCCUGGUGUUGGCACUGAUUGGAAAGACCAAUACUGAAGUAUUGUUUAGAAAUUGCUGACAUAUUUUGUGAUAGUGAAGGAGGGAUUUUAGAGAGUGUUUAGAGAACUGCAUAUCAGUGUACACUCACACUUAUCUUAUGUUCUUAGCUUGGCUAGAGAAAAAUACAGCCCCUUCCUCUGUUAGAAUGCCUAAAGAGUGGACCUGCAGAACCUUGAUAAGCUCAUUCACACUCUCACUUGAGCCAAAAAUACUUACCACAGACACACACCGUAUUUAUAUAUAUGUACACUGUAUUUCUCUGCUGUUUCUGUUAGGCAAAGUAAUAAAGCUGUUUGUGUACUGAA